AUGGAAGAAGGUGAUCUUUGCAAUAUCUUCGAUUCCAAGCUCAAUUAUGAUGGAGAUGAUGAUCAGAUGGAGAGAACAAUCAAGGUUGCUCUAUGGUGCAUCCAGGAAGAUUUUUGCCAGAGACCUUCCAUGUCAAAAGUUGUCCAGAUGCUUGAAGGCCCAUGCAGCUCUCUCAAGCCAGAUGAUGUAAAUGCUUUUCUUUUUGUCUUUGCGAUUGGCAAGGGAGGAUUUGGAUCCGUGUACCUCAGGACGCUCCCUGAUGGAUGCCGCAUUGCUGUGAAGAAGCUGGAGGGUGUAUGCCAAGGGGAGAAAGAGUUUCACUUUGAGGUGACGAUAAUCGGCGGCAUCCACCAUAGACAUCUGGUAAAACUCCGAGGUUUUUGUACCGAGGGGGUGCACAGGCUUGUUGCGUACGAGUAUAUGUCCAAGGGAUCUCUACAUAGGUGGAUUUUUGGUACUAAAGAAGAUGAUGCUACCCUUUUGGACUGGGAUACAAGGUUCUACAUCGUGCUUGGGACAGCGAAGGGCCUGGCGUACCUUCAUCAGGAUUGUGAGUCAAAGAUCAUACAUUGCAACAUCAAGCCUGAGAAUGUUUUGCUUGAUGACAACUUCACUGCAAAGGUAUCCGACUUUGGUCUUGCCAAACUGAUGAGCAGAGAGCAAAGACACGCCUUCACGAUGAUGAGAGGCACCCAAGGCUAUCUUGCGCCGGAGUGGAUCACCAACCGCGCCGUCUCAGAGAAGUGUGACGUCUAUAGCUAUGGGAUGGUCCUGCUCGAAAUAAUUAGCGGGAGGAGGAACUUUGAUCCCAUGGAGGUCUCAGAGAAAGCCCAUUUCCCACCCUUUGUGUUCAAGAAGAUGGAAGAAGGUGAUCUUCGCAGUAUCUUCGAUUCCAAGCUCAAUUAUGAUGGAGAUGAUGAUCAGAGGGGGAGAACAACCAAGGUUGCUCUAUGGUGCAUCCAGGAAGAUUUCUGCCAGAGACCUUCCAUGUCAAAAGUCGUCCAGAUGCUUGAAGGCACAGAUUAG